AUGGGAGCGCUAGAAAAAAUUGCCCAGAUCCAGGAGGAGCUUUCAAGAACUCAGAAAAAUAAAGCUACUGAGUACCAUAUUGGUCUCUUGAAGGGUAAGCUUGCUAGACUCAGAAGAGAACUUCUUGAGCCUCAGCCUGGAGCAUCGUCUGGGGGAGGACAAGGGUUUGAGAUUGCCAAAGCCGGCGAUGCUAGAGUGUCACUUAUUGGUUUUCCCUCGGUGGGUAAAUCUUCAUUUCUCUCUCAGGUGACAAGCACAAAGUCUGAGGCUGCCAAUUACGAGUUUACGACGUUGACCUCUGUAGGAGGCAUUCUUGAGUACAACGGAGCAGAGGUACAGAUAGUCGAUUUGCCAGGUAUCAUCAAAGCUGCUUCUCAGGGUAAGGGCCGUGGAAGACAGGUGAUUGCUGUGUCAAGAACAUCAGACCUCAUAUUGAUGGUGUUGGAUGCGACCAAGGGAGGUGAACAGAGACAGAUUCUAGAAAACGAGUUGGAGACCAUGGGCAUAAGAUUGAACAAGGAGAGACCAAACAUCUCUCUCACAAUCAAAAAAACUGGAGGUGUGAAAUUGAACUCAAUUACGCCACCAAAGUACCUCGAUGAGAAGAUGGUCACGGCUAUCUUAAAAGACUACAAGAUCCAUAAUGCAGAUGUGCUUGUGAAGGACGAAAAUGUCACGGUCGAUGACUUUAUUGACGUUAUCAAUGAUCAGCAUAUCUCCUACAUCAAGUGCCUUUAUGUGUACAACAAGGUGGACGCUGUUUCUUUAGAGGAGACCGACCGUCUUGCACGUGAACCCAAUACUGUGGUGAUCUCGUGUGAGUUGGGAUUGGGCAUUGACGACUUGAAAGAGGAAAUCUGGAGAAAAUUGGGGUUGGUGAGGCUUUACACCAAAAGACGUGGAGUCAUGCCCAAUUUUGACGAUCCAAUGGUGGUGAGAGAAAAUUCCACCAUUUUGCAGGUGUGUGAUGCCAUUCACAGGGAGAUGAAGAACCAGUUCAAGUAUGCCUUAGUGUGGGGCUCUAGCGCAAAGCAUUCUCCUCAGAAAUGUGGCUUGCAGCAUCCCGUGAACGAUGAGGACGUUGUCCAAAUUGUCACCAAGUAA